GACAUUUACGUCAAACAAUGACAUUCGCUUAUCUAACCUAAUUUUAAUAUUUACUUUUUUUUAUGUAAAUUACACCGAAUUCCAACCCGCAACGAACAUGAGGUGCUUCAGAACGGCCUUGAUCCAAAUGCAAGUGGGCGCCGACCUAACGAAAAACCUCGACAACGCCGCCAAGCACAUCGCCCAAGCCAAAGAAUCGGGCGCCGAACUAAUCGCCCUACCCGAAUGCUUCAACUCCCCCUACGGCGUGAAUUUCUUCAAACAAUACGCCGAAUCGGUGCCGCAGGGCCGCACCUGCGAGGCCCUCUCCAAAGCCGCCCGAGACCAUUCCGUCUACCUAAUCGGUGGCACCCUCCCGGAGAUCGACAAAGACAACCAGAAGUUCUACAACACCUGCACCGUGUGGAACCCCGACGGCGAUUUGAUCGCCAAAUUCCGCAAAAUGCACCUCUUCGACAUCGACAUACCCGGCAAAAUAACCUUCAAAGAGUCCGAUAUACUUUCGGCCGGUAACCAACCGGUUACCUUCGAUAUGCACGACGUCAAAAUCGGCUUGGGGGUGUGCUACGACUUGCGCUUCGAGGAACUCGCUAAAUUAUACCGGCUGCUCGGUUGCAACAUGCUCGUUUACCCAGGCGCUUUUAACACGACCACGGGCCCCAUGCACUUCGAGCUGCUCCAGCGCGCCCGGGCCGCCGAUAAUCAGGUGUUCGUGUGCGCCGUGAGCCCCGCGCGCUCCGCCAAAGGCUACAGGGCCUACGGCUACUCGCAGAUCACCGAUCCCUGGGGCAAAGUCCUAGCGCAGGCCAAGGAACACGAGGAGAUCAUCUACGCCGAUAUCGAUACGGCCCAAUGCGAUGCGGUCCGACAGCAAAUACCCAUUUUCGAGCAAAGGCGACUCGAUGUGUACGAUACGGUGAAGAAAGUCUGAUUACGUAUGCUGCUCAUAUAUUUAUGCUCUAAGUUGAAGAUAUAUUAUACCGUUGUGUUUUCGUAGUGGAUUCUA